AUGCAUUCGUCGGCCCAUCGCUCACCGCGUCGGGUUAGCUCUCUCCCCGAAAUGCCCCCGUCCGUCACCUUUCUUCUCUCCCCUCCCAGCACACACCUCGUCGCCUACGCUCUUGCUCUGAAACGCCUUUCCCCCGCCCUUCCUCCCUCCCCUCCGUUCACUUUUCCCGUCACCUUCGCGCUCUCCCUCUCGUCGCCUGCGCGCUCUCCCUCCCGUCGCCGUAGCGCUCUCCCUCCCGUCGCCUUAGCGCUCUCCCGCCUUAGCGCUCUCCAUCCCGUCGCCUUCGCGCUCUCCAUCCCGUCGCCCUUGCAAUCUCCCCUCCCAUCCGGUCGUUCACUUCAUCUCCUCUCGCUCACGUCCUCCCCUCCCAUCGGCAUCGCGCUCACGUUCCUCCCUCCCCUCGCCAUCGCGCUCACGUUCCUCCUCUCCCCUCCCAUCCGUCGUUCGCCUCCUCUCCCCUCCCAUCCCGUCGUUCGCCUCCUCUCCCCUCCCAUCCCGUCGUUCGCCUCCUCUCCCCUCCCAUCCCGUCGUUCGCCUCCUCUCCCCUCCCAUCCCGUCGUUCGCCUCCUCUCCCCUCCCAUCCCGUCGUUCGCCUCCUCUCCCCUCCCAUCCCGUCGUUCGCCUCCUCUCCCCUCCCAUCCCGUCGUUCGCCUCCUCUCCCCUCCCAUCCCGUCGUUCGUCUCCUCUCCCCUCCCAUCCCGUCGUUCGCCUCCUCUCCCCUCCCAUCCCGUCGUUCGCCUCCUCUCCCGUCUUUCCUCCUCUCUCCCCUUUCUUCCCGUCGCUCCUCCGCUCUCCCCUCGCUGUCCGUUGUUCCUCUCUCUCUCCCCAUCGAUAUCAUUCUAUCCCUUCCGGUUCCGGCGCUCAGGGAGCAGCAAAACGAUCGUCUUUAGCUCCAGCAGCGGCGGCGACAGCGGAACCACUCUCAACUGUAGCGCGAACCCGCCGAUCCACCGGGGCUCCCAUCCUGCUGACGUGUUUUUCCGCGCUAGUACUCAUCGCCUUAGCGGUGCGAUCCCUCGCAUCUGUGUCCCACCACAUCUACCAAGCCUCUCAUGCUCAACACGAAUCAAGGAACAGCCCUCCCUGCUUCGCCUGUGGAGACGAGCCACACACAGAGCCUCUCACACCAGUGAAACCAGCAGCAGACUGGGACGGAAAGAAAGAGUCAGGGGAAGCGAGGGGAGAAGCUGA